AUGGAGAAAAAUGAGAAUAUUUCUUUCAUUACUUUUCGGUCGCUUGUCGAGCCACUCAAUGGCACGGUCAACUUUUGGCUGCAAGACACGUCGCACCCAUGGCAUAUAAGCAUACCUUGGUACUCUGCCACUGAAACCUGUGCCGAUGUGUUUGCAAGCGACUCUGGUAGGAAAGAGUUCUUGAAGCUGGCAGCCACUUCUUGGGACUUGAUCGUCGUGGACGGUUGCUUCGCGCCAUGCGGCAUGAUUCUGGCCAAACUGAACGGUGGACCGUCCGCAGUAUUCGACACGAGCAAGAGUUGCAUUUCGGUUCAUAACGCGAAAGGCACCAUGCUGUGGUGGUCUCUGUACCCGUACAUGCAGGGGUCUGUUUCGCUACGAAGCAUCAGCUCAUUUCAGGAAAGGUUGAUCAAUUUUGCUAGCCUGGUAUUGGUGCAUCUGAAAAUUAAGUUGGUCUUUAAACUUAUUCCAUAUCGUGUUCACUUCCAUGAUGCAGGGAACAUUGAAGACUUUUAUGGUUCAAGUUUAUUUGGUGUCAGCGCUAUGCCGUUCGGCCUUGACUUCAACGUCCCUCGAGUCCAGGACGUUUUUCGAUUUCAGUUGCAUUGCCCAAAAUACCAACCACUUCUCUCAGAAUAUGUCAGCUUUGUUGACGAUCGCCAUUCGAAGGGAACCAUCAUCAUCGCUCUCGGCCAUUACGCAAGCUGGCAGAAUGCGCCUCAGCGAAUAUUCCAAGCGCUAUUGACAGUGUUUGACAAUAUGACGGAAUAUCGCUUUGUGUGGCAGUACGGUGUCAAAUCUAAGGUGGCAGUCAAAUUCCCAAAACACAUCAUGACUACCAGCUGGUUGCCACAGACAGCACUUCUCAAUCACCCAAAGACGGUGCUGUUCAUAAGUCAUAUGGGACUGAAGAGCAUCACCGAAGCCAUAUGUGCCCGUGUCCCCGUCAUAGCAUUGCCACUGUUUGCCGAACAACACGUUACCACAAGGCUGAUCGUUUCCAAAGAACUGGGACUUCAUCUUGAUCGUCAUUCGAUGACUGCGGAUGAUGUCGACUUUGCCAUUAGACAAGUUUUAACCGACGAGCGUUAUAAGAGGAAUGUCGUUCGUUUCUACGAGAUGUUUACCGAUCACUUGAACAAAAACUCUGACGAGGUCGCCAGCAAAGUCGAGUUCUUCAUGCGGCAUAAACAGGAGAUGCAUUUUGUGAGGCAGAAGGGAGCACAACUGAAAUUCUUUGUACUCUACGGCGAUGACGCUGUGUUUGUAUUUUUGUGCAUUUUAUCCCUCCUUUCAAAAGAUAGUGGUCAGUCACUGAACUGA